CCUCUCUCUGCCUCUUUAAACUCUGCCGCCUGUCGAUCCCUGUCGCCCCGUUUACCACGGCCAUUCCACACGGCAACCAUCUGGAGCAAACACAGUUACUGCAACAUACCAUCCUCACCCGACCCAAUAUGAUUACAACAAUUGCUGCCGCGAUCCCUAAUGGCACCCUCAAUCCCCACACACUGCAGCUCACCGAGGACAUGAUAGCAAUGGCCAAAGCGAUAGCCAUCUCUGAGGAAGGCAUUCAGCUCAGAGAGCUUCUCGUAACUCGCGUGCAGGGUAUCCUGAAUACAGAGUGGCCAAAAGAGGCCAAGAUUGAGUGCUUCGGCUCAUUUGCAUCAGGACUCGCGGCGGAUGCUAGCGAUCUAGAUUUGGUUAUUCUGCCCGCAUUGCAUGAUCAGGACCAAGAACUGGGGGCGCCAGGGAGGUUCCAGGACCUGUUUGUCCUCAAAACGUUGUUCCAGCGCUACAGCAUGAAGGAUGUGGAGGUCAUUCAGGGAGCGCGGGUCCCCAUCCUCAAGUUCACGGAUCAUAAGACUGGCAUCAAGGUCGACCUCAAUUACGGUCAAUACACCGGCCUUUACAACACGCGAAUGAUCCAGUCCUAUGUCCGCAUCGAUGACCGUGUCCACACAUUUCUCAUGGUUCUCAAGGCUUUCGUUAAGGCUCGAGGCAUCAAUGCACCUGAACUGGGAUCUUUGAGUAGCUACUGCUACAUCCUGAUGGCCAUUUCGUACUUCCAGACACUGCUUAUUCCUGUCCUGCCGACUCUACAAGAUCCACAUCUCAUCCCCCAUAAUGUGCCCAACCCAGGACCGUAUGGGUCAACACGACUGGUCAAUGUUGCCUUUACGGAUCCUUCUAGGAUUCGACCCUGUAUCCCGCGGAAUAGCAUGACACUGGGAGAACUGUUUAUUGGAUUCCUGGAAUACUACGGCAGCAAGUUCGAGUACACGAAGAUGUGCGUGAGCAUCCGAUGCGGAGGUGUCAUUCCCAGAGACGAGGCACCAUCGAGCUGGUCGAGACAUGCAUUUGUGGUUGAGGAUCCGUUCGUCCUCGACUUUAACGCGGCGGGAGCCAAGCAGGACAUGAUGAACAUCAUCCGACAUGAGUUCCAAGCAGCAGUGCAGGCGUUGAGGGACGGUCGGGGACUGAGCGCCAUCCUCACGACACGGCAGCCCCAUCACGUCUGAUAUCAGGGCUGAGACUUUUACUGGACCAUCAAAGAAGCAGCGGCAGCGCAAAAUGUCGCGAACACCAAAAUAACCAUUAGAAACAAAUAAAGAUCCUAGGCUAAUUGUUCAAGG